UGCAAAGCGAUCUUGACUUCCUCCUCCGCCCAAGCUACUCAGCCUUGCGCACUAGAAGAGCAUGGCGCCACCUUCUUUCUCACCCGACACUUCCAUUUCAUCGCGCACUCUCUCGAUAGGUUCUACACAACCGCCGCCAAUGGAGCUCCAGCCUGCCUCUGGGAAUUCGUCAACGGCAUUACUAGCAAGCCCUCUCGCAUUUUUACAGCCGACGACACAUUUGAAUUCUUCCUUUCUUGCCGCCGCAAAACGAUUCCUCGAUCCAGUCGCCGCCGCCGUUAGUGAGUCGCAAGCUCAGCGCCUACAAGAUGUGCGCAGGAAGCGGAAGCGGGGAGGAUAUGGCGACGACACCAGAGUUCUGCACCUGAAGAAGGUGCAUCUGGAAGGCUUUGGUGUGAACCAGGUCUUUGAACAGACGCGAAAAAUCGUUGAGGCAACUGCGGAAGAAAUUGAGCUCUCGCUACCCGAAGAGGGUGGGCCGGUCGCGGUCCUUGACAGUGUCGAUGACGACGAAGACCUUGAGGCAGAGGAACAAUACCACACCGAUUCGAGCGUGGGCGAAGAGGGUGUCGAUUGGGAGUACGACGGAGUGGAUGAUGACGAGGAUGCAGAACCAUCGGAAGGUGCACAGUCUGGAGAUGAAGAUCUUGAAAUGGGAGACGAAGAAGAGGACAUUUUCUCCGACCAAGAAGCCGAUGACGAGCCCGCCGAAACUUACAUACCCGACCCCAACGGUCUCAACGAUGGCUUUUUCUCUAUCGACGACUUCAACAAACAGACCGAUUUCUUAGAACAGCAAGACCAACGAGGCGAAGCUGCGGAAAGCGAAGAUGACGAGGUAGAUUGGGCCACAGACCCUAUGGCAGGCAAGGGCAAAGCACAGGGCGGAGUAGAGGACUUUUCAGCCGACGAGUCUGAUGAGGGCGGUCCAACGUUCGGCAAUGUCGAUCUCAAUGCACCCGAAGGCGAUAGCGACGACGACGACGCAUUCGGAGACGGCGAUCUUGAUGGCUUGGACGAUGGCACGAAUGCCAACAAUGUCAUGUAUACAGAUUUCUUCGCACCACCAGCACAGAAAGUAGGCAAGAACAAGAAGAAGCGAGGGCGGCCAAAUCCUCACAACUUCCCCGAGAAGCAAGAGGUAGCCGAGGCUGAGAAAGAGGCGGAUAUGGAGGGCACUAUGGCUCGAGUGCAUCGCGAUCUUUUCGAGGAUGACGACGAUAUAGAAAGCACGGGCGACCUCUCAGACGUAGAUCCCUCAGACCCAAAAUCACGACGGUCUACGCAUGAAAGGAGACAGGCUAAGAUCGCGGAGGAGAUCAGGAAGCUGGAAGCCGCCAACGUCGCAAAACGCGAAUGGCAGGUCUCUGGUGAAGCGCGCGCAGCUGAUCGGCCGCUUAACUCGCUACUUGAGGAGAACCUAGACUUUGAGCGAGCGGGCAAGCCAGUUCCCAUCGUCACAGCCGAAGUGUCUGAGGACAUUGAAGCAUUAAUCAAACGGCGCAUUCUCGCUGGCGAAUUCGACGAAGUGCACCGCCGUCGUCCAGAUGAUCUUGCCACAGGACCCAAAGUCCGAAGAGGUCGCUUUGAACUCGACGACACCAAGUCCAGCAAAGGUCUUGCGGAGAUAUACGAAGAAGAGCACCUGCGCGAAACGGAUCCCAACUUCGUCGAAGCCAAAGACGAGAAACUGAAGAAAGAACACAACGAGAUCUCAGCCCUGUGGAAAACUCUAUCCGCUAAACUUGACUCGUUGAGCUCAUCACACUUCAAGCCCAAGCCCGCAGCACCGAACCUUGAGAUCCGUGUCGACGCACCAGCCAUCGAAAUGGAAGACGCGCGCCCCACUGCCGGCGGCGACGUCGCUGGAGCCAGUAUGCUGGCACCACAAGAGUUGUACAAACCCGGUGAGGAGAAGAAUAAGACUGAGGUCGUUACUAAGAGCGGCAUGCCACUGGCUCGCGAAGAGAUGAGCCGAGAGGAGAAGUUGAGCAGGCGUAGGCGGGCGAAGGAAAGGGCCAGGAAAGCAGGUGUCAAUGCGCCGAAGAGCGUGGGCGUGGAGAGGAAAGAGAAGAAGAAGCAGGAGAAGAAGCAAGUCCUCGCUGACCUGAAGAAGGGCGGCGUGCAGGUUAUUGGAAGGAAGGGCGUGAUUACUGAUGUGGAGGGUAAGGAUGUCAAGGACGUGGCGAGGAAGGGUGCUGGGAGCUAUAAGCUUUGAUGUGGCAGUUUAAUAUAUACACCCUUUCUUCUAAUUGUAACACGUUCUGGUGCAUAUACAGUUAGCACUGGGUCUUGAUCUCUCAAGACUCAGCUUAUUCAUU